AUGCAGCCAUGUCUGAAUGGGACUGUUGAACUGCACCAUGUGAUGUUCAGUGGUCAACACGGAGCAAACCAUACCUCAUGCGAUGAAAAGCUGCCAUGCCUCUCUUUUUGUUUCAGAGAUCGGAAGGAAUGGGCUGAUAUUAAGCCGGUUCCACAGGAUGAUGGCCCCAAUCCAGUUGUUCAGAUCGCUUAUUCUGAGAACUUUAAAGAUGUGUAUGAUUACUUCAGGGCUGUUCUGAAGCUUGAUGAAAGGAGUGAGCGAGCACUCAGUCUGACGACAGAUGCAAUAGAACUGAAUGCUGCAAAUUACACAGUAUGGCACUUCCGUAGAGUGGUGCUGCAGUCUUUGAACAAGGACCUCAAUGAGGAACUAAUGUACAUCUCUGAUAUCAUUGAGGACCAACCCAAGAACUAUCAAGUUUGGUAUCACAGACAGAAGAUUGUAGAAUGGUUAAAAGACCCUUCGCAGGAGCUGGGAUUUAUUUCUGGAAUCCUCAAACAAGAUGCAAAAAACUACCAUGCCUGGCAGCACAGACAGUGGGUGAUUAAGGAAUUCAACCUUUGGAAUAAUGAGCUAGCAUAUGUGGAUCAGCUGCUGGAGGACGACCUGCGAAACAACUCUGCGUGGAACCAGCGAUAUUUUGUCAUUUCAAAUACCACUGGUUUUGAUGAUCCUACAGUACUUGAUCGUGAAGUCGAGUAUACCCUGAAGAUGAUCAAACUGGCUCCUCAUAAUGAAAGUGCAUGGAAUUACUUAAAAGGAAUUCUACAGGACCAGAUUCUCUCCAAAUAUCCCAACCUGCUGGAGCAGAUUUUGCAAUUGAAGGAACAGUCUAGUUCCCCCUACCUGAUUGCUUUCCUAAUUGACAUAUAUGAAGAUCUCAUGGAGAACAAUUGUGAAAACAAGGAAGAAAUCCUUAACAAAGCACUGGAGCUGUGUGAGUGUCUUGCUGUAAAAAAGGACACUAUCCGGCAGGAGUACUGGAGAUACUUUGCAAGAUGCCUGAAAGAGAAGUAUGGUGUUAAGCAGGAAGAUACUGAACCUACGGAAAGUGAAGCACCCCUUCAGGAAGGCUGCAAUAACUGAAAACUAUUUCUGUAGUUUGUAUCUCCUAGUUAAAAGGGCAAAAAGUGGUUGUUUUUUUCACAUUCCUCUUUAAUUUUCUUAACAUCAAUCUACACCGCACCCUUGUGCAUGUAAAUGUGUAAAAACAUAACAUUUUGUACGUGUAUAUAUAUUGAAGCACAAAGCUAAGGAAUAAACAGCAACUCUACAACAAUGUUAUUAUCACGUUUUUGCCUUUAAUCCACACUUAUAAACUAAAUACAAAGCAAGAGAACAUAAUUGUUACUAAAUCAGCUUUAUUUAGGGGGAUAUUGGAACUUAUUUAAAAUUACUUUUUUUAGUUGUCACAACUGCAGUGAAAUAUUCACAAAGCUACAGUGUUGUACAGAUUUUACUGUCCGUCAAUAAAAUCUUGUGAAGUGA